AGCGCGACAGGGGCGGAGCGAGGCCGUAAAGCAACGCGGAGCCCGCGCUGCCUCCCAGGGCGCCCUUGAGAUCGUGGGCCAUGGCUGGCGUAGCGCGCGGCUGCGGGACCAGCCUGGACCUGCUGCGGUCCUUGCCGCGAGUCAGCCUGGCCAACCUGAAGCCCAACCCUGGCUCCAGAAAGCGGGAAAGACGUCCAAGAGAUCGGAGAAGAGGUAGGAAAUGUGGCAGAGGCCAUAAAGGAGAGAGGCAGAGAGGAACUCGGCCCCGACUAGGCUUCGAGGGAGGGCAGACUCCAUUUUACCUCGUAAUCCCAAAAUAUGGAUUUAAUGAAGGACACAGUUUCAGGCAUCAGUAUCAGCCUUUGAGUCUCAGGAGACUGCAGUAUCUCAUUGAUUUAGGGCGAGUUGAUCCCACUCAACCUAUUGAUUUAACCCAGCUUGUCAAUGGGAGAGGUGUGACCAUCCAACCACUUAAAAGGGAUUAUGGGGUUCAGCUGGUUGAAGAGGGUGCUGAUACUUUUCAAGCAAAAGUUAAUAUUGAGGUGCAGUUGGCUUCAGAAUUAGCCAUUGCUGCAAUUGAAAAAAAUGGCGGUGUUGUUACUACAGCCUUCUAUGACCCAAGAAGUCUAGAAAUUCUGUGUAAGCCUGUUCCAUUCUUUCUGCGGGGACAACCCAUUCCAAAACGAAUGCUCCCACCUGAAUCGCUGGUGCCCUAUUACACUGAUGCAAAAAACCGGGGGUACCUGGCUGACCCUGCCAAGUUUCCCGAAGCAAGACUUGAACUUGCCCUGAAGUAUGGCUACGUUCUUCCUGAUAUCACGAAAGAUGAACUCUUCAGAAUGCUCAGCACUCGGAAGGAUCCAAGGCAGAUUUUCUUUGGUCUUGCUCCUGGCUGGGUGGUGAAUCUGGCAGAUAAGAAAAUUCUGAAACCUACAGAUGAGAAUCUCCUCAAGUAUUAUAGCUCCUGAACUCCCCUCCAGUAAAGCAGACUUGUUGAGAGCCAAACAGUCUGUAACAUGGCUUCUUGUGUGUCUGAAAUCCUCAGGAUUGAUACCAGCCUUCACUGUGGUGAAGCUGUGGUCAGCUCUCUUGCUUUUUUUUUUCCAUGUGAAGUUAAAUAUCAGGCAGCAAAAGCUGCACGGAGGAACUGAACCGUUGAGGGUGUAUGUCUCAAUGCAAACAAUGGCAGUCUUGAGAAAGGUGAUUAAAAAAAAACAAACUAC